AAACUACCUGAAAUCCAGCAAGUUACCCCUCUUCGUAGUACAGACCACAGGUCUGUAUGUGUGUGCUUGUGUUUGUGUUGGGUGGUGUCUUCCAUUAUCUGACUGCUGUGUUCAGUUUCAUAUUGGAGUUCAUCUUCCAUGCAGAAGUGACUGGGCCUCUCUUCCCCGACUUGCCUUUCAGUAUUUUGGUCUUCCUCAUGCUCAUAUGGGACAUUGUUGUUGUACCCUAAGGUACUGAGGCUUAAACUGAAAUGCUGUAUCUGCCUCUUAACAUUGACUUGAGCAUAAAGAGCACAUCUGUAUGCAUAAGCGUGGGUGUGUCCAUCCUGGUUAUGUGCUGGGCUCCCAUCCAAUCAGGAAGGGCGAUUGCGACAGCGUAUGGGGUGACUGCUCUGUAGAAGGUCUGACUCGAUGCCCUGGCACAUUUCCCUUGAGGCACGUGUAAGCCGACUCCUCUCCCAACGGUCACCUACAUAGCAUGGGGCUGUGAACUCUGAACCGCAGCAUAUGCAUGUACAGUACAUGCUGGAUCCAUACAGUUCUGAUGUUAAGCGGACGUUGUGGUGAGUGGUCCUGCAUUGCUGCCCGUCAGUGGACAUCCUGAUGCUUGCCUCUUUCACACAGGUCUGUUGUUCUGAGUGAGGGACCCUGUAAAAGAGGCCUGUGAAGGAAAUCUGCCGUGGUCUGGCCAGCAGUGGACGUUUGUGAGAAGCUUGAUCCUCUCUUUGUGGCUGCCUGACAGUUUUGGCCGCGACACAGAAACUGUGUAUUGCAGCGCGAGGGGCUAGGCACACACUUCUGCCUCUCGCCAUGGGUCUGAUCUCCUACCUGAAGACGCAGUUCAUCCUGCAGCUGCUCAUCAGCUUCGUGUUCGUGGUGAGCGGCCUCAUAAUCAACUUCAUCCAGCUGUGCACGUGCGUCCUGUGGCCCUUCGACAGGCAGCUUUACCGCCGCAUCAACUGCAGGCUGGCCUAUUCCCUCUGGAGCCAACUGGUGAUGCUGCUGGAGUGGUGGUCCUGUACGGACUGCACACUCUACACUGACAAGGCCACCAUGGACAAGCUGGGAAAGGAGCAUGUCAUCAUCAUCCUCAACCACAACUUUGAGAUCGACUUCCUGUGUGGCUGGACUAUGUGUGAACGCUUCGGGGUUCUGGGCAGUUCCAAAGUUCUGGCCAAACACGAGCUUCUGAAGGUCCCUCUGAUUGGCUGGACCUGGUACUUCCUGGAGAUAGUCUUCUGCAAGAGAAGAUGGGAAGAGGACAGAAAUACCGUUUUCAGUGGGCUGGAGAGACUUCGAGAUUACCCAGAGUUCAUGUGGUUCUUGCUCUACUGUGAGGGAACUCGCUUCACAGAGAAGAAGCACCAGAUCAGCAUGCAGGUGGCGGAGAGCAAAGGCCUGCCCAAGCUCAAGUACCACCUCUUGCCUCGAACCAAGGGCUUCACCACCACGCUGCAGUGCCUCAAGGGGACAGCGUCUGCAGUUUAUGAUGUUACACUCAACUUCAAGGACAAGAAGAACCCAACGCUACUGGGCAUCAUAAAUGGGGAGCAGUACAAGGCAGACAUGAGCCUCAGGCGGUUCCCUGUGGAGGAGAUUCCAGAGGAUGAGCAGGAAUGUUCAACCUGGCUUCACAAACUGUACCAGGAAAAGGAUGCACUACAGGAGCAGUAUAUAAAAGAAGGCUUUUUUCCCGGCUCCCAAUUCAAGCCCCCGCGUCGACCCUGGACGCUGCUCAACUUCCUGUUCUGGGCCACUCUUCUGCUCUCGCCCCUCAUCAACUUCGCCUAUGGAGUGGCGGUCAGCGGCUCGCCCCUUCUCAUCAUCGGCUUCGUCCUCUUCAUCAUCAUAGCCUCCAUAGCAGUGCGGCGUCUCAUUGGGGUCACCGAGGUCAAGAAAACAGGCUCCAGCUACGGCAACCAAGAGGCAAAGAAGGAGAACUAGAGGCACACGGUCACCAUGCCGUGAUCAUGUGGUCGCCGUGCUGUGAUCAUGUGGUCGCCGUGCUGUGACCAUGCGGUCUCUGCAUGGUCACUGCCCCUUUUUUAUUCUCUUUAAGGGCAUGGAAGCACGCUUGGGUUGGGGUUGGGGGUUAAUAGUGAUUAUACAUAAUUCAGAGUAGUAAUAAUUAUGAUCUGCAAUGACUUUCUGUAAGCCUGAUCCUGUGUGGUUCCAUCCACACCAGACAUGCCACUGAACUGGCAGACGGACACUGAGGGCGGAGGGGGGUGGGUCUGGCCCCCCCUCCCUGGGGUCACUACCUCCUGGUUCUGUCAUCUGUUCACUGACAGAGGGAAUGACUCCUCCUGUCCCCACCUGUAACUUCACCCCUGGCCAGACAGGACUCAGAUUCAGAGUCACAGCUGCUUUUCCCUCCAUUAUUUUGAACUUUUUUUUUUUUUUGUUCUUUUAAAACUCAUUGUUGUUGUUUUUCGGGGUGGGUUAUGGGGAGAUGCACGUCUUUGGCCUGCUGAGCCCUCUGUGGGGUCUAAUGCCCCAGCCUGCUGCUUAAUAGCCUCCUGCGGAGACCCAGCACUCCAGGUUGCUUCCUCAUCCUCCUGAGAUCCUCCUCUUCCUCUGCUGGGACAUGUUCCAGAGCAGGCAGCAAUGCUGAUCUGUUUUCUGUGUUUCAGAAUGGUGAAUCAUUGGUGGUCAUGGCAGGUCUGCACAUAUCAUUAACAGAGUGAGGUCACCUCACCUCUCUUGAAUAUUAAUAAACUGUUUGCAUAGUUGCGAUAUUCUGCCAUCCUAUAAUAGUCCUGCUUAACAGCAUGCCAUUGGGGGCUUUUAUUUCUGUGGCCUGUUUGUGUAUGCUCAGCUUUCCAGUGAUUUGGUGGUUCUCCUCCAUCCACCCCCCUCUCUACGACAUACCCAUGAAUGCAUAUAUUAUGUUAUCUGCCUGCCAGCUGUCUCCCAUUGCUCAUUUGUUUGACUAACAGCUGUUUUCCCCAAUGAGGCGAGACAGAAACAGGUGGAAGAGGUGCCUCAGUCUGGAAAUUUGACACCCAUCCCAAUGACUGUGUUAAAGGAACUGCCUAAAAGUUGAAGGCAAGAGCGCCCUCUAGAGCCUGAACUCAUGUUGGAGAAAGAGGGUGGGACAGUCCAUGAAUAUGACACCCCUAGCAAAACAGUGUAGCGACUAUUGAUUAUUUAUUUAUUUUUUCUCCCUCCCUAUCCCAUGCCAAGCAUGCUAGCAGCUGUGGCAUCAUGGGUAUUGAUACCAGGUGGGCACUUGUGCUAUAGUGCCAGUAGGCUUUCACACAGACCUGUCAGAGGUGUCGCUCUCUACCUCGUUUGCAGCAAAAACAUCAGGGAAACAGGGGGACUACAGUAACUGGAAAUUCUCUUUUGGCUCCUGUAUUGUGUAUCAACAGCCUUUACACACAGAAACCUGUGUUCUGCAUCACGGUGAACUUUUCCUUCAGAGUCCAUAAUUACUUUUCCACACUUUCCAGUUUCAUUCCUUUUCUCUUUGGUCCCUUCCUGUUUCCUCCUCUGUGCCGGCGAAAGUGAUUAAAAUGAAGAGUAGAUCAUAGUCAGAUGCAAUAUUUAGAGCCAUGUUUUCUCUCUCCACUUCCUCCUCCUCUUCUCCCAUGUGUUCAUGAGAGACUCCAGAGGCUGUACUCUGUUUUUGGAGAAAUUCUUUUCUUCUGUUCUGGAAAACGACACUCCUAGUGAAGGAACCACAAGGCCGUCAGAGUUAGGAGACACCGUUCCAUUGCUGAAUGUAUAAAGAUUCUCGUCAAAAUUAUUUUGUUGUAGCAAUAAUAGUGUCUGCCUUCUCUUGGUUUAGUUAUUCCCCCCUCCCAUGCCCCCACCCCCCCGUCGGAGCACUGGAGCAAGUUUGUCUAUUGCCUCCCUCCCCAAAUAUUGUUUAAACUGUAUCAUUCUCUCUCCUGUAGGAGACAGAUGUUAGUCAACUCUGACCUGCUAAGGGUAUUUCAUUAAGGGCUCAGUCCUUAUGGGGGCUUUUAGUCACUGGAUAGCGGCUGAAAAUUGUACAUAAUCAUACGCCACUAACAGGCAGCUUACAACAAAAAAAAAGCCUCCAUUAAUAACUUUAUUUGCAUUCAUUCAUUGAUUUAUUUUUUUCAUUGUCUCCAGUAAUUCAGUUGAUGUUUGGUGAAUGACUUUUGUAACAUGGCUGGAGCUCCCAUCCACUUUGCUUCUAUUUAUGUUUACUGUAAAAUGGGGUUAUUUAGUGGCUGUGGUACUGCUUUGAAAUCAAGCGUUUAAACAAAUGUUCAGCACAGGAGUCAGUUACACUGCAUAACGGUGAAGAGUCCACUGCAAAACACCCGUCUCUUUUCACCUUUGACCAUUUGUCACCCGUCAUGCCAGUGAACCAGAAUCCCAGUAGAACUGUGAUGUGGAGGGAACCAUGAGACGCAAUGUCUUUGGGUGGGGGACGAUGGAGGGUGAUGUUCUAUAAUUGAUUUCUCUUGAUUUUGAUCGCCAGUGAGCAGGUUUUCUGCGAUUAACACUUUCUAGAGGAAAGAUCUGUGCAAGCCUGGGCUUGGUGUGUAUGCAUGUGCGGUAGCCGCUGUAACUCCCCGCGAGUAGCUGCUGGAGAGAUGACAGCGGUAUGCCAAAGAGGCUCGCAGCUUCCUGCACUCAGAAAGGAUUUUAAAAGUUUCAUUUGAUAAGUUUCUUCCUAAAGCUGCGUUAAGCUGUGGAUCUGUUCUCUAAAAGGCUGGAGAGAUCUUUAGGGGUGGCUUGUCUCUUCAAACUGACCUACCUGCAUGUUCAAAACUGUGGCUAUCUUCAGCCCUCUGUAUUUAAUGUGAUACUAAAUGAACAAACUUUCAUGUUAGCAUUGUACUGGAAUGAGGAGGGCAAGGUUCAGCCUAAAAGUCCCUCCGUUACUCCCCCCUCAGGUAUCUGAACAGCCUUCCGUUGACAUUUCUCCUGAUGAGUAACCUGGAUGAAGCAGAGAGACAUAAGCGUUACCUGUGUUAUACUAGAAGUUUUUACUGAAAACUUAAUUUAACCACAUAGAAUUUUUUGUUAUAUAUAUAUAUAUUCUUUUGAAACUAUAAAUAAACUAUUAUAGAGAACAAACUUUCAUAUUUUAGUAACUGACAUAACUGUAUUUGUUUAUUAAAGUCAGAACAUUAAACAGUAAAUGACCAAAUCGACUGACACUUUACGUCAGGAAAAUGUCAUGCGUUAAUCUUAUGUUGCUGGUCAGUUAUCUUAAGUGCACCUCCUUGGUAAAAGGAUUCUUUAAAAAAUUAAACAAUUUGAGACCUAGAAUAUCUUCAUAUGACUGGCGAGAGGAAUUCAGGAUGGUGGACCAAUUAGGGCCAUCUGGCGGCAGUGUCAGGUCCAGAGUUCCGUGCGGAAACCAGAAGUGACUGACAGGCUUCCUCCGGCAUGGUGGUCACAUGUCACUGAGGUGACUCACUCACUUUCCCUGCGUGACCCCACCCCCACCUUCCCAGCAAUCAGGAGCCCCCCCCCCAGCAAGUUUUUUUUGGGGUGGGAGGGGCCAACAAGAAGUCUCAUCGAAUUAAUGCAAAGCGGCUUGAAGCCAAAACAGAAAACAAUUUUGUCACUUGUCAAAGGGCAGAAGAAGAUACAGCCCUCUAUGAAAAAUCAAUGGGACUUAAGCAUACACUUAAUUAAUGCAGUUAAAACGGUUUGAUUUCAGUUAGACUUUUAAUGAAUCUAUAAACUCGUAUCUUCCUAUGUGAAGAGUAAAAAAUAUGCCUGAUGUACAAAUGUAACCAAUUAUAUUUUGGCUGCCUGGGUGGUAUUCUUUUUUGUUAUUAUUUUUGCAUGAUUUGCGGUAAUGUGUGAUAACAUUCAGGGAUUUGCUUCCUAAGUGGCUGCACAACAGGUUCAUCCGCGCCAUGGGAUACGACUUACAUUGUACGUGCGCGUUUUACCCCAAAUGAAUUAAAUAAAACGACUUCCUAGA